GUGUAGUCGUGAGCCACAUCUCUGAGAACAAGCGCCACUCAGCUGAUGGGAGGGGACCUGCUCAGGCUGGAGACAGGAUCCAUGGCAACAAUCAUGGCAGAGACAGAGACUCGUCAGAAGCUGCUGCGCACCGUCAAGAAGGAGGUGAAGCAGAUUAUGGAAGAAGCCGUGACCAGGAAAUUUGUCCACGAAGACAGCAGCCAUAUUGUGUCUUUUUGUGCUGCAGUGGAGGCGUGUGUUCUGCAUGGGCUGAGGCGACGAGCAGCUGGUUUUCUGCGCAGCAACAAGAUAGCGGCACUCUUCAUGAAGGUGGGGAAAAGCUUUGCCCCUGCUGAGGAGCUGUGUAGGAAGGCCCAGGAGCUCGAGCAGAUCAUCGAGACAAAACGAAGUCAAAGCUUGCAAAGUCAGGACAGCCUUCGUAAGAUGCCCCGGCUGCCCGGCCUCACCCCCCAGGGAGCCAAGAACCUGUGGAUCCGGGCGGCUCUUUUUGAAAAGGUGCUGGACAAGAUCGUUCUCUACCUGGUGGAGAACAGCAGUAAAUACUACGAGAAAGAGGCUGUUCUAAUGGACCCUGUAGAUGGACCUAUCCUUGCCUCUUUGUUAGUCGGACCUUGUGCUUUGGAGUACACCAAGAUGAAGACGGCUGAUCACUUCUGGACCGACCCGUCCGCUGACGAGCUGGUGCAGAGACACCGCAUCCACGGUGGCAACUGCAGGCAGGACUCUCCCACCAAGAGGCCUGCACUGUGUUUCCAGAAGCGGCACUCCAGCAGCAGCAUGGACGAACGCCCUUCCCCCUCGCCGUCAGCUCGAGAAUAUGUGGAGUCACUGCAUCAGAACAACAGGGCGACCUUACUGUUCGGCAAAAACAACGUGCUCGUGCAACCGAGGGACGACAUGGAGGCUGUCCCCGGUUACCUCUCCCUGCACCAGACCGCUGACAUCAUGACCCUGAAGUGGACUCCCAACCAGCUCAUGAAUGGCUCUGUUGGAGACUUGGACUACGAGCGCAGUGUUUUUUGGGACUAUGCCAUGACGAUUCCUCUCGAGGAGAUAGUUUACUUGCACUGUCAUCAACAAGUGGACAGUGGGGGGACGGUGGUGCUGGUCAGUCAGGAUGGAAUCCAGAGACCUCCACUGCGCUUCCCCAGGGGAGGACACCUGCUCCAGUUCCUCUCCUGCCUGGAGAAUGGCCUCCUUCCCCACGGCCAGCUGGACCCUCCGCUCUGGUCCCAGAGGGGAAAGGGGAAGGUGUUUCCGAAGCUGCGGAAUAGAGUUCCUCAGGGAUCCUCAGAAUCGGUCUCGGAUAAGGAGGAGGACGAGGCCACGGACUAUGUCUUCCGCAUCCUCUUUCCAAACAGCCAGUCAGAGUUUGUGACUGUAACUCAUCCUCCUCACCUGACUUCCUCCCACUCCCUUCAACCGAGCGGACAGCCACCCUCCAAAGUGGGGACCCUGGUUGUCCCCAAGAGGUCCUGCAGCUGCCCUGAAGAAUCCUCCUCACCCACAGGAAGCAGCUUGACUCCUCCAGACUUGAUGGAUCAGGGAGCUACGAUGUGGCAUCCCACUCUCAGGAAGGCCUCGUGUUCCUCUUGUUCUCAGGGGAGCUUCUCUGAGGGAGGGACACCCAAGGGCUGUAACCAUGAGAGGGCUCCUCUGAAGCUGCUGUGCGACAGCAUGAAGUAUCAGAUCAUCUCUCGGGCAUUUUACGGCUGGUUGGCAUACUGCCGUCACCUGUCCACUGUGCGCACACAUCUCUCUGCCCUCGUCAAUCACACCAUCGUGGCACCCGACACGCCGUGCGAUGCCUACAAAGGGCUCACUGCAGAAGUGUGGAAGACGUUCCUUCAGGACUGCACAGCCUACAAGGAGCAGGAGCUGCUGCGUCUGGUCUACUUUGGUGGUGUGGAGCCCUCGCUGCGUAAAGAGGUGUGGCCUUUCCUGCUGGGUCACUACCAGUUUGGGAUGUCCGAAGCUGAGAGGAAGGAGGUGGACAAACAGGUCCGAGUGUGUUACCAACAGACGAUGCGUGAGUGGCUCGGCUGCGAGGAGAUCGUCCGCCAGCGAGAGAAGGAGCAGCACGCCGCAGCCUUGGCCAAGUGCUCCUCUGUAGCGAGCGACAGUUCCAGUCAGAAGAUGAUCCAUCACGACUCCACUGUGAGCAAUGAGUCCCAUUCCUCCCAGAGCUCAGACAGACAGAGUCUGGCUCGCCUGCAGAGCGACUCAAGCAGCAGCACACAGUUCUUCACACUCUUCCAUCCCUUCCCCUGGAGUAGUCUGCUUCCCUUUGGCUUGUUCUUUCAGGUGUUUGAGUCCGUAGAGGAGGUGGACCAGAUUGAGACGGAGCCCAAGACCGAAGAGGCCAAGCAGGCGCCAAAGAUGCCCAAUGGAGCUCUGCAGAACGGGACCUGCUCUCCCGACUCUGGACACCCCUCCUCCCGCAACUUCUCAGUCACCUCUGGCCUGUCAGACACUUCGCUCAGCACAGACGACACCGCCGGACCUGCUCUCCCCCCGGCAUCACAGAGCUCUGUCAAACCUGCAGGGGUAGAGGCUGAAGGUCUAACAGAGGAAACGCUUAGCCAGGAGAGAACCGAAGUGAAGGACGAAGAGGAGACGCUCGGUGUGACCAUAACUGCAGAAAAUACCAAGAUUGAGGUGAAUGAUAAUGACAUGAUUCAGCCACUGGAAGAGGAGCAGGUGAUGACCAACAAAGAGACAUGUUUGCAAACUAAAAGCCAGGAAAAUGUUGAAGAGCCAGAAUCUACUAAAACAGAGGGAACCAAGUCUGAAGAUACAGACAUUCAAGGAAUUCAAUCUUUAGAUUCAGGAGAAAUAGGAAGAGAUGUGUCUGAUGAGGAUACUGUGAUGGUAUCAGCAGCUGCUACAGAAUCCAAAGAAGAACUCGUGGAACAUAGUCUCAAGAAAGACGUAGAAGUCAGAAACGAGGAAACGACAAAGCUCGAGGAAAGGAUUGUGGAAAAGAUGAAGGACAUGGACGAAUCAAAAACAAGUGAACCGCAAGAAUUUAGUUUGACUGAGGGGACAGAAAAAAUGGUCCAACAUCAUGUGGCCGCUGACAUUGAGACCAACCUCCUAUUCUCAACAGACGCCAGGGUCUCGAGAACAAGAGAAACUUACUGCGCCUCUCAGAAAGAGGAGCCUCAGGUCAUGACUGAAUCUGACGAGUCUCCCUCAGCCAUAGAGAUGGAGGAGAUCCCCAAAGCCAAAGUUUCCAUGGUGCCUUGGAGCAGGAAGGGACGAUGCGAGCCCUCGUCUUCCUUUGAGGACUCAGCCCCUCGCGCGGAGGAGGAGCAAGGAAAGCACAUUCCGGAGGGCACAGAGUCCAUCAUGUCCGAGGAGCCGGAGAUGGAGAGUCUGUACCCUCACUUAGAUUCUCUGCCCGGGUCUGGAGACACCAAGAGCAAAGCGACCUCUCAAGGAUCUGCUGGGAGUACCUUCUCUCAAGAGCUGCUGGAUUUGUACACGUUAAAUCUGCACCGCAUUGAAAAGGACGUCCAGCGCUGCGACAGGAACUACUGUUACUUCACUCCUGCCAACCUGGAGAAACUGCGCAACAUCAUGUGCAGCUAUAUCUGGAGGCACCUUGACAUCGGCUACGUUCAGGGCAUGUGUGAUCUUCUGGCUCCGCUUCUAGUCAUCCUGGACGAUGAGGCCAUGGCCUUCAGCUGCUUCACUGAGCUCAUGAAGAGAAUGAAUCAAAACUUUCCCCACGGAGGCGCUAUGGACACUCACUUUGCCAACAUGCGCUCUCUAAUCCAGAUCCUGGAUUCUGAGAUGUUUGAGCUAAUGCACCAAAACGGAGACUACACCCACUUCUACUUCUGCUACCGCUGGUUUCUCCUGGACUUCAAGCGAGAGCUGGUGUACGAGGACGUGUUCGCGGUCUGGGAAACCAUCUGGGCGGCUAAGUAUGCCUCCUCUAGUCACUUUGUCCUCUUCAUUGCUCUGGCGCUGGUGGAGAUCUACAGGGACAUCAUCCUGGAGAACAACAUGGACUUCACUGACAUCAUCAAGUUCUUCAAUGAAAUGGCUGAGCACCACAACAUAAAGCAGAUUUUGACCCUGGCCAGAGAUCUGGUGUACAAGGUGCAGAUGCUGAUUGAAAACAAGUGAUGGCGCUGUUGUUCUUCUUUUCCAUCCAUGUAAAGCGUGAGCGGCUGUAGCAGCACAAGAGUUAUACACAUAUGAGCGCGCACACACACACACACACACACACACACACUCUAACACUAUACAAAGCCUUUACAAUCACAGUUUGCUGCUAUGAGCCUUACUGACUGUAUCCACUAUGUUAUUUGUGUUGUCAACAGUUGUAUGGGAAUAUUACGCUUAAUAUUUGUCAGUAUGUUCGACUGAAAACAAAAGUAACAGAAAAUAGCUCUCAUUUCCAAAUAUUUUUGUCCGACAUCCCUCAAGUGUUGAUCUUAGUCCGAGUGCACUUAAUAUUUCGAGGAAAUAUGGAGAGUUUAGUGGCACAUUUCAAACCAAAAUGCAGAGCUGAAUUCAACCAGAGACUAUAUUUAUGAGAAAAGUAUGUUGUGAUAAUAAUUUAUAAUAUGAAUUAUUUUAACAAAGUCUACAAGUUUACAUUUUGAGAUAUAUUCCCAACCUUUAAGAUGGAAAGAAUGUACACAGGGUUUUAAUUUUAUUAAGUAGCACACACAAGUCAAAUUAUUCUCCACUGAUAACUACACUUAAGUUUAACACACAACAUUAAGAAUAUUUUAGCUUUUAGCACCAUGCCAGUGAUUUAGCAUCUAACAGUGUUUUCAAUGUUCGGAAACUGCCUUGUCUACCAAAUAGUAUGUCUUAAUUUGUUACGUGUGAAUUGUACUGUACUCAGAGAAAACUGUGUUAGAUUGUUGUUGAAUUAUGAGGAUUAUAUUCUGUUAAACCGUUGUUGACUCAUAAUCUGAUUAUCUAAGUGACUUAUGGAGGUGUGGGCAGAGAUUUAUAUAUGAGGAAACAUGCCUGAUUUCAUAGUCCUUUUGAAUUAUUUUAUCCAGUGAACCACUGUAUCUUUAUUUUGUAAAUUGUGCAGUUUACUCCCCUUGAUUUUUGUAUUGUCUUGUACUGUCUGGCGCUUGUUUGUUCAAUGUUAAUUUCAGCUUGAAUAUCACUAUGGAAGAUCAGACGAGGCGGUGGUAAAAUGUAAUCGCAGGGAUCAAAUGAAAAGUUUUGUCGUUCCACAUGUUAUUUUAGUGUGAGAGUGACUUAACCAGAGGCGUGACAAUGAAAGGUUAAGUAGGACAGAUUUUAAAUAUAAGACCGUGUUAAUGUUUUGGCGCAUUUGAGGACGUACAAAAUACAUGUUUUAACCCCUUAAAUGAAUACUUAUAUUGGUCUCAGUGACUGACAUUCAUGCUUGUGAUCCUUUGAAACGUCACUCAGUUGUACUUCAAGUGUUGUUUCAUGAAUGUGGUACGGUGAAUUGCAUUUAAUUUUGUUGUUAGUUUUUUUCGUCAACACUAACUGCUGUAGAAAAGGUCUUUAUUUUAAUUUGUUGUAACGUUUAUUUUCCAAAGUAUUUAUUUAUUUAUGGAUUUAUUUAUACAUGGAUUUUUUUUCUUCUUCCAAAUGCUGCCUUGUUUGUAGCUAAUAUUUUUAUUUUGUGGCCAGCUCAACAUGUGUAUUGUAAAACAAUCAAAUUAUAUACUAAGAGUUCAAUAAAUAUUUAAAUAUACAUAUAUACAUACAUAUAUAUGGUAUAUGUUCUUAUAAUAAAAAUAAAAAUGGAAUUAUAAUUAUUUUUCCAAAAAGAUA